AAAGAAGCGACACUAGGCAGUGGAAUAUGCUUACAUUGUCCUUCCUUCUUUCCUUCCCACCCACUGCCACUCCCUCAAUAAUUUACAAAAGAAGUGUCAAAAGCCAAACCCCAUUCUUUAAUACCAAAUCGACAAUUACCAGGAAAUUUCAUGCCCUUAUUUAAUUAAUCCCCAAAAAUCAAACCCCUGGCCUUAAGCAUGACGCUUGAUGGAAACGAAACAAUACAAAAAUUGUAUUUUAUUAAAUGAAAACGAAAGCGGAACUGCGGAAGGCUUUUUUGGCAACCAUCAGAGGUGAUCCAGUGCGGGCACAGUACAGUAAAAUUGUUCCUUGCGUAAAGGGUUCCUUGUCCGUUGGUUGCGUGCCCACUUGCGGAAAAGAGGCCCGCUAAUCACCGUACGUUCUUUGGGCUCUUAUGCUGGCCCAUUCGAGGGUAAGGUAAAUUCUGACGUGUCCGGCUUCCAUUGGCUGAAUGCACGUGGAGCCCUUUGGUGGCAUCCAGAUUUCAACCAGUAGCACGAUUGCGAGAGAUUUAUAAACAGUAUCAUCCAUGACAAGUGAGGGUUAACUUAACAAGAGCAAUUGAAUCGCUCUCUCUUUAGUUUUUAUUUUUUUAAAUGAUUAAACUUUUGAGUUAUUAUUCUGUUUGGCCAAUUGAUUAAAGCUUUUUUUUUUAUACGAAGUUGUACGAACCGAUAGCAGAGAUCUACUUUGGGUUCCCGAUUCUACUCAACCUCUGCGUCUGGGAGGAGAAAAAUAUAUAACGAGGGAGGCAGGCCACAGUUCUCUUCUCUGAGACAGUAGCUGAGAGAAGGGAGAAGCUCGGAAGGAAAAGGGAAGGCGGGGCUUUCCUGGUGAGUUGGAAACCCUAGGAUUCUUGGUAAUUCCGUCUUUGCGUGUGUUUUCUUUCACCUGUUUGGUUGCUCUGAUAAAAUUGCGUCCGAAUUUCUCUUUCCCUCUUGUAUGGAUUUUUUUUUUUGGAUUCUCGCAUUACAUUAUCCAGUCUCAUAGUGUUUCAAUUCAUUCUCUGAUUUGUUCUUGUUUCCCUCCUGAAGGUUGCGUAGCUGGAUCGUGAUGUAUUUUAUGCUUCCGAUUCAAAAGGAUUAGAAUUGGAUUUUGAUUCAGUGAAUUUUCGUGGAAGGAAUUGAAAUCGAUGGGGAAGGGAGGGCAGGACGUAGGGAAGAGCGGGAAAGUCGGGCUUGAAUCGGAGGAGAAUCGGGAUGUCUUCCCGGCCUGGUCGAAGGACGUGAAAGAAUGUGAGGCCAAGUACGAAGUCGACGUUCAGCAGGGGCUGCCGGCUGCGGAGGUGGAGAAGAGGCUCCAGAUCCAUGGCCACAACGAGUUGGAGAAGCACGAAGGGACGUCUAUCUGGGAGCUGAUAGUGGAGCAAUUCAAGGACACGUUAGUUAGGAUAUUGUUGGCCGCUGCCGUCAUAUCUUUUGUUUUGGCGUGGUAUGAUGGCAAGGAAGGUGGCGAGAUGGAGAUCACGGCUUUCGUGGAGCCGUUGGUGAUUUUCCUGAUAUUGAUUGUGAAUGCGAUUGUCGGGAUUUGGCAGGAGAGCAACGCCGAGAAGGCGUUGGAAGCUCUGAAGGAAAUCCAGUCAGAGCAUGCUGCUGUUAUUAGAGAUGGGAAGAAGAUCUCUAGCCUCCCUGCCAAGGAACUUGUUCCUGGGGAUAUUGUGGAGCUGAGAGUUGGUGAUAAGGUGCCUGCAGAUAUGCGGGUUGUGAGUUUGGUCAGCUCUACGUUUAGGGUUGAGCAGGGUUCUUUGACGGGUGAGAGUGAAGCUGUGAGCAAGACUGUUAAACCAGUUGCUGAGCAUACUGAUAUUCAGGGCAAAAAAUGUAUGGUUUUUGCUGGAACGACAGUGGUGAAUGGUAACUGUAUGUGCUUGGUCACUGGCACUGGAAUGAACACUGAGAUAGGGAAGGUGCAUUCACAAAUUCAUGAAGCCUCCCAGCAUGAGGAAGAUACCCCGUUGAAGAAGAAGUUGAAUGAAUUUGGAGAGGCCUUAACCAUGAUAAUUGGAGUUAUUUGUGCAUUGGUUUGGCUCAUUAACGUCAAGUACUUCCUCACUUGGGAAUAUGUUGAUGGCUGGCCCAGGAACUUCAAGUUCUCAUUUGAGAAGUGCACGUAUUAUUUUGAGAUUGCUGUGGCUUUGGCCGUGGCUGCCAUACCUGAAGGAUUACCAGCAGUCAUAACAACAUGUUUGGCACUUGGCACUCGCAAGAUGGCCCAAAAGAAUGCACUUGUCAGGAAGCUUCCAAGUGUCGAAACUCUUGGUUGCACCACUGUCAUCUGCUCUGAUAAAACUGGAACUCUGACAACCAAUCAGAUGGCUGUAUCAAAGCUUGUGGCUAUGGGUUCUAGGGCUGGAAAUCUGAGAUCAUUCGAUGUGGAAGGCACAACUUAUAAUCCAUUCGAUGGUAAAAUAGAAGAUUGGCCUGUUGGUCGAAUGGAUGCUAAUCUUCAGAUGAUCGCCAAGGUUGCUGCAAUCUGCAAUGAUGCUGGUGUGGAGCAAUCAGGACAGCAUUAUGUUUCUACUGGAAUGCCUACCGAAGCUGCACUGAAGGUUUUGGUGGAGAAAAUGGGAUUUCCUGGAAUAGUCAAUCAUGAUGCUUCUUCUUUGAGCUCUGAAACUUUACGUUGCUCUGGACUGUGGAAUAAAAUGGAGCAGCGAAUUGCAACUCUUGAAUUUGACAGAGACAGAAAAUCAAUGGGUGUCAUUGUCAAUUCUAGCUCGGGUAGAAAGGUGCUGCUAGUUAAGGGUGCUGUUGAAAAUGUGCUGGAGAGAAGUACUCAUAUUCAGUUGCUUGAUGGAUCUACUGUAGAACUAGACCAAUAUUCUCGGGAUCAUAUCUUACAGAGCCUUCAUGACAUGUCAACAACUGCAUUACGCUGCCUCGGGUUUGCAUACAAAGAGGAUCUUCCAGAGUUUGACACAUACAAUGGCGAUGAAGAUCAUCCAGCCCAUCAACUGUUACUUAAUCCAUCUAACUAUUCUUCCAUCGAGAGUAAACUCGUGUUUGUUGGUUUGGUUGGGCUGAGGGAUCCACCACGAAAAGAAGUUCCUCAAGCAAUUGAGGACUGCAGGGCUGCUGGAAUCAGAGUUAUGGUUAUUACCGGAGACAACAAAAAUACAGCAGAGGCUAUUUGCCGUGAAAUUGGUGUCUUUGGACAGUAUGAUGAUAUCAGUUUAAGAAGCUUUACCGGGCGAGACUUCAUGGACCAUCCCAACAGAAAGGAGGUUUUGAGACAAAGUGGGGGUCUAUUAUUCUCUAGAGCAGAACCAAGGCACAAACAAGAAAUAGUGAGGCUGCUGAAGGAGGAAGGAGAGGUGGUUGCAAUGACUGGAGAUGGUGUCAACGAUGCACCUGCUUUGAAGUUGGCUGACAUUGGAGUUGCUAUGGGCAUCGCCGGAACAGAGGUCGCAAAAGAAGCAUCUGAUAUGGUGUUGGCGGAUGACAAUUUCAGCACCAUUGUUGCUGCUGUUGGUGAAGGCAGGUCAAUUUACAACAACAUGAAGGCAUUUAUCAGGUACAUGAUCUCCUCAAACAUGGGUGAGGUUGCUUCCAUAUUCUUGACAGCUGCUCUGGGUAUCCCGGAGGGGAUGAUUCCUGUCCAACUUUUAUGGGUGAAUCUCGUCACUGACGGGCCUCCAGCAACAGCUUUAGGAUUUAACCCUGCUGAUAAAGAUAUAAUGAAGAAGCCUCCCAGAAGAAGCAACGAUUCACUGAUCACUCCUUGGAUAUUAUUCCGCUACCUGGUGAUUGGUCUCUACGUCGGGGUAGCAACUGUCGGAGUCUUCGUCAUAUGGUACACCCACAGCUCGUUCAUGGGGAUCGACCUGAGUGGAGACGGUCACACACUCGUCACCUACUCCCAGCUAGCAAGCUGGGACCGUUGCGACUCGUGGAAGAACUUCACUGUCACACCCUUCACUGCUGGUGCACAGACCUUCAACUUCGACUCGAACCCUUGCGACUACUUCAGGUCUGGCAAGAUCAAGGCUUCCACGCUCUCCCUCUCCGUGCUCGUGUCUAUCGAGAUGUUCAACUCGCUCAAUGCUCUCUCUGAAGACGGAAGCCUCCUGACGAUGCCUCCGUGGGUGAACCCGUUCCUUCUCCUGGCCAUGGCUGUCUCGUUCGCGCUGCACUUCUUGAUCCUGUACGUGCCUAUCCUCGCCCAGAUUUUCGGGAUCGUGCCUCUUAGCCUGAACGAGUGGCUGUUGGUGGUGGCCGUGGCUUUCCCCGUCAUCCUGAUCGACGAGGUUCUCAAGUUCGUUGGAAGGUGCACGAGCCAGUCGCGACAUUCCCGUUCGACCUCAUCAAAGCAGAAAUCCGAGUAGGGGUGGAACCACGUAGGGGGAGAGCGAUGUGUUUAUUUGAUUGUGGUCCUUUUCGUUGAUGAAAUCAAUGACGAUCAUUAUGUGGCUUUGGACCAUGGAAAGAAAGUAUUUGAUUAGAUUAAAUUUAGAAAAAAAAGAACUGUUCUUACUCUUUGCUCUUUAACCUUAGAUGUACGAACUUCGAAGAAUAGUCUAAAAUUUUGUCUCGGUUUCUUGUUUCUCGUUAGACAUUAAAGAUAAAGGCUGUUUGUGGUUUUCAAUGGCGGUUUUAAGGCCAUUCAAUUGAAUCGAAUUCAAUCUAACAUUUUCACAUCAUAUGAUUACCUGCAGCUGUGCUUUCUUUUCUCCUAAACUGAUAGAUUACUGCAAAUUGUAGCCAGCUACAAAGAUGCCUUAAAAUUAAUGUAACUGGGACUGCUAAUGAGCAAAAAUGUCUUUGAUUGAAUUGAAGCCUAGCUCUUUUGCUCAGGAUGGCUUCACUAGGUAAGGUGUCUUAAGCUUUGUAAAUAACUAGUGGAAUACAAGUUUUGUUACGGC